UCUUGUAAACCUUGCGGCAAGUCUCCACAGGACACUCAUAUGGUGGCUUAGUUGCCCGCAAGUUGUGGCAGAAGGUCUUCACAUCAAAGUCCACCCCCAUGCUGUCACAUCUAGAAUACACAGAUCAAUUAGCACAGGCCUGACAGUUUCCAGCUCCCACACCAUACAGUGGAGUCUCUCCAGCCUUCCUUCUCACAAGGUCACCAUGCCCUGGCCAGCCUCUCUUUAUAGCAUUUCCAGGUGCCAACUUCUUUACAAAGAUCCUAGUCUGGGCCUUUAAGACCUAUUGCUGCCUAUGUCUCAAUUCCUUUAGCUUAGUCUCACAUAAAGUGACAAGAGUAAUCUUUCUACUGAGUAGCAAUGAUCAUACCAAUUAUAUUACUAAAAGUCUCCAGCUGCUCUCCAGCUUCUUGGGGUAAUAUUCAGACCAUCUAAUAUAACAUUCAAGAAUUCGCUUUGCUCUCUGGCCCUAGUCUUCCUUUCUAGAUUCUUUUCAGUAGGUAUGGUUGACACACAGCAGCAUAGACUUCCCUGAUGUUAUAAUCUCUCAAGGUGCAAAGGGCUCUCAAUUAGGAAUGCUGAAUGGUGGGCUCCUACAGAUUCUUCAAAACCUAGUUCAAAUGACACUUUUAUUAUGACUUUUCUCCUCUCUCUUGGAAAAGCUGUUUCCGUGGCAUUCUAUUCUCACCUCCGGUGUGACAUUUUCUAGUUGUGUGUUCUCCCACUCUACUAGGAGAUCUCCAGUAGAUACCAGACCUAUCUUCUUCUAAAUCCCCAGUUUCUAGCAUGCACUGCACUCCCAAGCCUGAUCAAAUAAUAUGAAACCUGUUGAAUGAAUAGCUGAAUGAGAAGACCACCAGAGUUAGGAGUUGAGGAAGAUCAGAUUAAGCAUGAAAAGUUGCUUAUUGUAUGCCUGAGUGAGUGGUCAAUACCGAGUCCUAGACUCCAACAGAAACCACUGGACUACAUAAUCAGUGCAUUGCUGAAAUCUUUAUGGGGAACUUCACCCUGGAACUGGGUGGGGAGAUAUAGGGAGAAACCAUGUGAAAAUGGUCAUUUAUGCAGGGAAAACAGCACAGGCUACACUUGAUUUCCUCAUUUACAGAUUCAUGCAACAUUAACUUAGGGCCUACUGAAUGCUAGGCCCUAAGGGCACAAACGUGAACACAAAAAUCUAGGCAUUAUGUUCCAAGGUUCGCAAGAGCUAACCCUCCCCCACUUCAGUUUCUGGGCGAGUAAAGACAGCAGAUGGCACCAAACCCCAGGGAGCCCAGCUUAGCCUGGUACCGCUCCAAUUUCUCUCAGGAGUAGUUGAACUAGGGUGCCUGAGACCACCAAUGCAGGGCCUGCGUAACCUCCCUGACAAACACUGACUCUCAGCCUUUCCUUCCCCUGAGGCUUAACCAUGAGAAUGGGCAGCUCUUGUCUAUCGAUGGCAAGCCAGCCAACUCCAACUCACUUCUAAUUCCUACCUGCUGCUGUGCCUUUAAACACAAAACCAAUUACAGGUACAAACAAGCUCAACUCUUUCCAAGCCGGGUCCCUGGUGAACGCUACCGAUCUGGCUUUGCUGCCCUGGUUCCCGAACUAGCACAGUGUCCCAAGGGACCUGGCGUCAGAGGCACGAAGGUGAGACUAGAACUUAGCUCUGAAAGCCCUGGGGCCCUUGACUAUGGCGGAAGCAUUUACUCCCGGGAACUCCAGGAGCUGAAGGAAGUAAUGGGUAGGGGAUGGGACAAGGCCCGCGGGGCUAGAGCCCAGUCUCCCGGAUGCCGCGCCGCUUCCCUUUUGUCAAAGUGUAACAAGUCAAACAAGGUUUCCCUUCAGCCACUGGCCCAGGCAGCCUCAAAGGGAACACUGUUGCCGCGGACGCUCCCCAAGAACGAAUGGCAUGUCAAUUCUCCCCGCCCGAGGGGCUCAGGAGGAACCUAGGGAGCCUCUCCAGGGCUGCCCCUUCUCCACCGGCACUACCUCCCGGACCUGGCCCGUACUCACCGGCCACCUCCAGUCCGGGCUCAUCGCCGGGGGCGCCCGCCGGGGCUCCGACCCCGCGUGGGGAGGCCGGCGAGGAAAGGCGGGCCGAGAAGGGGAAACCCGAACUCCCGGACGUGAAGCUAGCCACCCCGGCUCCUGCCCCGCACGCUCUGGCCCGGCUUCCCCGGCUUCCCGCGCUGACCCCUGCCACUCCUGGUCCCGCCGGUGCCCCAGCGUCGCAAUUCCGUAAGCACCCUCGCGUUUCCCGAGCUUUUGGAUCUUCUGGCCUGGGACCCCGGUGCCGCCGGGACAAUGGGGGGGGCUCCUGGAGGCGGUACAGGAACAGCGGCGGCGAGACCGUGGCGGCAAAGGCUGUGGCAGCGGCGGCAGCAGCAGCGACGGCGUCCGCCAGGGUAAACGUGGUCCCGUGGCGCUGUGUAGACGCACUUUCGCCACGGUUCCCCGCCGGUCUACUGAGGAGCUUGCGACCUGCCUGUGGGUCUGGAAAAGAUCUCCGGAUACCUCGCAGGGCUCAGCGACCGCCUCCAUGUUCUAAGGGGAGUUCCUGGAGACCGAAAUCGCAGUUUUGGGGAGUCGGGGGUCCUCGGGCCGUUUGUGGCGAAUCUGCGACUACGGACAGGCAGCGCGAGGCUGGGCGAGGCGUAGCCGCCGGAAAGCGGGGCCCUGAUGCGACGACCGCAGCCGGAAGAGUGGGCCUGAGGGUCCCGAGUAGCAAAAGGCGGAGCUUUGGGUAA